CAGAGUUAUUAGUUAAUUAUUAUCUGAGAGCCCAAAUCCUGGCAAACUUAUCGGAAUAGUAAAUAAUUCAGAGGGGUUGAAUUACAGUAUGUCAGAGGAAAAUAGGACAGACAGGGUCUAGUCCGUGGGACUGCCGUCCACCCUGUGUCGGACUAACAUCACUUUUUUCCUGAAAGCCUCAAUUUAAAUUUUCUACUCCCAAGAAGAAGAAGAAGAUACCAAAAGGACGGGAUCAAAACGCUACACAGGGACGCAAUGUCAACACUUACUGUACGACAGUACAAGCACUCUGAUUUUUCAGCAGUCAAAAAACUCUUCAUCGAAGGAUGUCAUGAACACGCGUCCACUACCUUCUACCAAGCUUUGAGGCUACAUCAGAACUGGCUCCUCAUGAUUCUUGGAUUUCUGCUCCCUCUGGUCACUGUUGGCUCCAUCCUUCUGGCCAUCUUGGAUGUGGUUGUUGUAUUGGUUGUGCUUUGGCUGUGUGGAAGAAAGUUCUUCUAUGGCUAUGCCACACACGCUUUGGCGGACGACAUGAAAGACAUCCCCAAAUAUUAUCUCCAGCGGGAAGGGUACAAUUACUGGGUGGUAGAAUCUGAUGGGGAGUUUGUGGGGAUGGUGGCAGCUAUUCCCUCGUAUCUACCCGGAGGAGAGAAAAACACAGAGCUCAAAAGAAUGUUUGUGGACCAAAGCCACCGGGGCAAAGGGAUUGCUAAAGUCUUGUGCAGGACAGUCAUUGAAUUUGCCCGUAAGAAAGGGUGCAAGGCAGUGAUCCUGUCCACCACAACGGUACAAACCUCCGCCACAAAUUUGUACAGGUCGGUGGGGUUUAGGUGUACACACACCAGCUACAUGACCGGGUUCACACAAAGACUCAUUAGGCUGCAAUGGAUAUAUUUUAGAUAUGACGUCAACAAUAGCAAAUAAAAAUGUUUCUUGAUCAAGAGUCUUUAUUGCAUCAGUUUAUUAAAAUGCUUAACCUGACAGAUGUAAUGUGUAGUAAAGAAAGAUGAAUUGUUAAAAAGCAAAAUAGGUGAGCAAAAAAGGUAAUUUAUUCCAUAUCAAAAAAAUCUGGUC